AAUCGUUCAUUUGCUUGUGAGCAUUAUUCUACCACAUCUGAACAUGCACAUAAUGCUAUUGAUAUACAUCUGCAUAACACGCUUGGUGAAGAGGCGAUUCAGCAUGAUCAACGAGAUUCUCCAGGACAUUCUAGAUGCCUAUAAAGCGCAUAACACCGUCUUGGAGAUAUCGUCAAUGCAUACGGUGGUUAAUGUUACCUCGAUCGUACGCCAGGUUCCUGAGAAUGCCAUUAAACAUGUAUCCACCAUACAAAAUCUCUUAUGCGAUGUUUGCCAAACUAUCGACGAGUAUCUCAGCUAUAAUUUGUUGAUUGUUAUAACUGUAUUGGGUUGCAAUACCGUGUUUGAAUACUAUUCUUUAAAAUCGGCUAAGACAUUUGAUAUUACUGAGUUUAAUUUUUUUAUAAUUGAAGUUGCGUUCUCAAUUCUGCUCAUAUUUCUUGUUGUGGAGGUUGGAAGUAGUACUAUUAGUAAAAUCAGUACUACCACCGAUAUUGUCCCAAAGAUUCUUAAUAUAACCGAUGAUCUGGAAGUAAGGGAUCGCCUGUUCCGUCUAUCCACACAGUUGACUCUUCGGAAAGUCAGAUUCACUAUCUCAGAACUGUUUAAAUUGGAUCGUAGUCUUUUAGUAGCGAUAAUUGGCAGUGUCGCCUAUUUUAUUUAUAAAAUCGAUUCUCAGGUUUUAAAUUAGUUUAAUAUAUUUAAAUUUUGUAUAAUUUAUUUUUCU